UAUGUCAAACGAAAGCGGCAGUGUCUUCGAAUGGCCGGAGACGCGCCGUCGUGGCCCCGUUCCGGAGCAGCUGAGCGCCGCAGGUUGCUCUAGCGCUGGCUGUUCGGAGCCACCGGCGAAAAUGGAUAUUUUGCAUGACUAAUUGUUUGAUGCCUCGAAUGUUCAACUGGGAUGCCAUUUUCGCCUACCGGAAAAGCUUGCGCGGUGCAUACGCCCCGAAAUCGCUGAGAAGCUGGAAGACCUUCGAGCGAUAGUGGUGACUGCAGUGAAUGACCUCGCUCGACCUUCGUUCACGUAGCUCAAGUCGCGGCAUUUCGUCAUCUCCUGUUCCGGCGCGAUGCUUCCGCGGCAACCUUUCUACCGUUUCUUACGGCAAUUGCCACUUAGGGCAGUUCCGUCGAGCCAGGUCCACGGCCAGCAUUUUUACUGUGGGACGUACUCAACAAAAAGCCCAAAGGAAGGCCCUUCGACGCUGCUGCUCAUCUGCUUUGCUCCGAUGGUCGAGAGCUCCUCUCUGGGCAAUUGCUCGGCCAGCAUAUGCAUAAACUCUGAGGCAUUCCGCAACUUGCCAUUCACAAUGGUCAACAUUUCGCCGCUUGUCAACCGCACCCUCGAGAAUCGCUUAGUAGUCUGGGACACGGUCAUCCCAACGCAGGUGGCUGUGCGCAUCAUCGAAGCUGCGAAGGUGGCUGAGGACGAGAUGCUGCGCUCGUUCGACGAGAACGCACCGUACGCCAUCAGACGGGAGGACACUGAAGCACUUGUGAAAGCCAACUUCGCCGACGCGGACGACACCAUCGUUGAGAACUUGCAGGUUUCUCUGGUCUGCCCGCUAGCCAAAAAGAAGAUUCGGGUCCCAUGCCGUGGUACCCGCUGCAAGCACGUACAAUGCUUCGAUGCUUACGCCUACCUUGCCCUCAAUGAAGGCACACUGCAUCCCUCGUGGCGCUGCCCAGUCUGCAACGAUCAGGUCCUUCUCGAGGACAUUCGCGUCGAACUAUACACGCUGGACGCCCUCCGCAAGACUAACGACCAGUGCAGCGCAUUGAUCCUUCUACCGGACGGCAGCUGGGUCCAGGAAGCAGACUACGACGACCACAGUGCUAUCAUAAUUGACGACAGUCCGGUCGAGGACACCGGAGGGACGCUAUGGGAUGGGUCUGUCAUUGAUUUAACGGUCGAUUCGGACUAGACCGGAAGGCUGACGAUGGUUUGGAUAUCCAAUGGCCAAGUGCCGCUCUGUGAAAUGUUUACAUGGCGGCGGCUUCGCCCAUGUUCCACAGACAAGAAACUGAAACGGUGUGUCACAGGCGCGAUUCAAGGCGCCUCCCUUUUCGCCAAAGAUUGCCUUUGUUAGUAUUUACUUUGGUUAGUUGCGCCGCUUCUGUGUGAGAGGCUAUGAAAAUAGGAAGCGCUUUACGAAUGCAUGAUAUUGUUCAGCCUUAGAACGUAGUCACACGCAACAACUGUAGCCACCUAAGCACAUUUGUGGGAUAUAUUGACUUAAAAUUGUGUACAAAAUAAUAGUACUGUUUCUUGUAUUUUAAAUGUGUUUAUAAGAUUUUUUAAUCAAACUUUAUGCUUUUUAUAUU